GCCCCCACGUCAGCCGCCGAGCGCACCGAGUACCUAGGUAAACACCAAUUGCGAACGAAUGCUACGAUAAAUGCCAUCAGAAUCACCAUCAGCUGCUGGAGGCAACUUCCUGCCAACGGGUCUUCGAAUGGAUCGUCGGCCUGGAUCUCAUUGGUGGAGUGGGCCUGUACCGCCGGCUGUGCCGACGCAUACGCGGCCGACGACGAAUGGCAUUGGCAAUGACAAUUCAGCAAAUCAGAGACCAAUGGGGGCGGAUCGGAGACCGCCACCUGUACCAGCUACAACAGGAGGUCUUCCCGGUUCAUCUGUGUUCUCUGCUCUAGCGGCAACACCCUCUAUUCAGAAUUCAACGGAGCUCAGCGCACGGAAUCACCCAGCGUACCUCCUCUCAUGCCUCGACCUCCUCGUAUACGCCAACAUGAUCUACAUCUACUUCCUAGAUACCUCAUUCCUCCGCCUCUUAAUCCGAGCAUUCAUCCACGCCCGCGCACUAUCACCAAAACCCUUCCCAGUCCCCGAUCCACCACUAAGACUCUCCUCCAUCUUCUUCGUGUGGGCAACGUUUCUGUUCCCAUUCAUCGACCACAUCAUCUCCGGCGGCCCGGAAGGAGCGGAGGGCAUGGGCGGGUAUCUGCACGGCGGGAUCGUGAUCAAUUUUGUCGGUGAGAUGGGAAGCGUGAGUCGGUGGAGGUUGUGUGCGCUUGAUUUGUUGAUUUUGGGGAUACAGUGCGUGAUGCUGUCGCUUGUUACGAUGCGCCAUUAUCCGUCUUCCGCGGCGUUGACUGCACCCGCACCUCAGACUAUUGAGGAUGAGGAAGCAGGUGUACGGACGACGAGGAGGGGGUAUGCACAAGUUGCGGAUGAGGAUGAGGAUGAAGAUGAUAUCAUCGUCACUGAGGGAGGGAAGGAAAAGGAUGAUGCAAUACAAAUCAUCAACCCAUGGCGAGCGAUACGAAUAGUUUGGAAUGGGGAGGGGUCAGUGGAUGAGGCGCCGACAGCGACUGCCACAACGAGAACUGCAUCAAUGAAUCGGAUCUUCUUUUCGUGAUGGCGUGUGGUACAGGCGCCUGGAACGGGUGCUUGAAAGUAUGGUAGGGUAAAGGCGAACCACCUAGUUAUACCCAUCGGGCAAACGUUUCGACGUCGACUACGUC